AUGGCAGAGCGGGCGGCGGACAAGGCCUUGGCAUCAAAGGCCCCAUUGCAGGAUGAAACGAUGCGCUGGGCCCUGCGCUUCUGCAUCCUGGGCCACCGCUCCAUGGAUGUUCCAAAGAAACAUUCCUUGGAAGCGAUGCUGGCCCUGCUUGCCGAUUUUCUUCGCGAAGGCGCGGGUCGAUAA